AUGGAUAGUGUACUCUCUGACUAUUUGGCACGUCAACCUGUAGAAGACUAUCAACCCAUGAAAUUCGACUUCCCCGACGAAGAUAUCUUGUUCAUCAGAGAAUGCAAUAUUCCAGGCCCUGAGGAAGGCCCCAAACCAGGAUUUCGAUGGACGCUUGUGUUCGACGGUGCUCCCAAUGCUCAUGAUCAUGAGGUAGGCGCAAUGAUCACUUCCCCAACAGGAUUUCAUCUUCCAUUUACCACAAGAUUAUGCUUUGACUGCACCAAUAAUAUGGUAGAAUAUGAGGCAUGUAUAUUCGGUAUCGAAGCAACAAUUGACUUAAGAAUCAAAAUACUUGAGGUUUAUGGUGACCCAGCUCUUGUUAUCAGCCAGAUACGAGGAGUCUGGGAGACCCGUGACCACAAGUUAAUUCCUUAUAGAGAACAUGUCAUGAAGUUGAUUCCCUACUUUGAUGAAAUCACUUUUCAUCAUAUUCCGAGGGAUGAGAAUCAGUUGGUCGAUGCUCUUGCUACUUUUUCAUCCAUGUUUAAAAUACAAUGGAGGAAUCAAGCUCCGUCCAUCAAUGUUGAACUCCUAGAUGAACCCACUUAUUGUAUGGCAGUUGAAGAAGAAUUAGAUGAAAAACCUUGGUUCUAUGACAUCAAAAGGUAUGUUGAGAAGCAGGAGUACCCAGAUAAUGCAUCUAUUAAAGAUAAGAUAUCCUUGAGGAAGCUAGCUUCUCAUUUCUUUGUAAGUGGGGGAGUGUUGUAUAAGCGGAGUUAUGAUUCGGUCUUACUCAGAUGCGUGGAUAGACACGAAGCAGAGUGA